CGCCCGUGCGCCCCGGCGGCUUCCUCCGCCCGCCCCCUCCCCUCCUUCCUUCCCCCGUGAUGGCGGAGGACAGCGAGUCCGCGGCCAGCCAGCAGAGCCUGGAGCUGGAUGACCAGGACACCUGCGGCAUCGACGGCGACAAUGAGGAGGAGGCCGAGCACGCCAAGGGAAGCCCUGGAGGAGAUUUGGGAGCAAAGAAGAAGAAGAAGAAGCAGAAGAGAAAAAAGGAGAAACCAAAUUCUGGAGGCACCAAAUCAGAUUCUGCAUCCGACUCCCAGGAGAUUAAAAUUCAGCAACCUUCAAAAAACCCUGCCAUCCCGAUGCAGAAGCUCCAGGACAUCCAGAGGGCCAUGGAGCUGCUCUCUGCCUGCCAGGGCCCAGCCAAGAACAUCGACGAGGCUGCCAAGAGGAAAUACCAGUUCUGGGACACACAGCCUGUACCAAAACUCAAUGAAGUGAUAACCUCCCACGGUGCCAUCGAACCCGACAAGGACAACGUCCGCCUAGAGCCAUAUUCUUUGCCCCAGGGUUUUAUGUGGGACACGUUGGACCUUAGCAAUGCUGAAGUUCUGAAGGAGCUGUACACGCUGCUAAAUGAGAAUUACGUAGAAGAUGAUGAUAAUAUGUUUAGGUUUGACUAUUCACCUGAAUUUCUGCUGUGGGCACUGCGUCCCCCGGGCUGGUUGCCCCAGUGGCACUGUGGGGUCAGAGUCUCCUCAAACAAGAAGCUGGUAGGAUUCAUCAGUGCCAUCCCUGCAAGCAUUCGUGUUUAUGACAGUGUGAAGAAAAUGGUAGAAAUCAACUUUCUGUGUGUCCAUAAGAAGCUGAGGUCCAAGCGGGUGGCGCCGGUGCUGAUCCGGGAAAUCACCAGGAGGGUAAACCUGGAGGGCAUCUUUCAGGCUGUUUACACUGCUGGAGUGGUGCUCCCCAAGCCUGUGGCCACUUGCAGGUAUUGGCAUCGAUCACUGAACCCCAGAAAAUUGGUGGAGGUGAAGUUCUCCCAUCUGAGCAGAAACAUGACCCUGCAGAGGACAAUGAAGCUCUACAGGCUCCCUGAUGCCACAAAGACUUCAGGCUUGAGACCAAUGGAACAAAAAGAUACUAAAGCAGUACAAGAACUAAUCAACACUUACUUGAAACAGUUUAAUCUGGCUCCUGUGAUGGAUGAAGAAGAGGUAGCCCACUGGUUCCUCCCUCGGGAUCACAUCAUUGACACCUAUGUAGUAGAGGGCUCCACUGGUACCUUGACAGACUUCCUGAGCUUCUACACGUUGCCCUCGACAGUGAUGCACCAUCCAGUCCACAAGAGCCUCAAAGCUGCCUACUCCUUUUACAACAUUCACACAGAGACUCCCCUCUUGGACUUGAUGAAUGAUGCACUCAUUAUAGCAAAAUUGAAAGGAUUUGAUGUGUUCAAUGCACUGGACUUAAUGGAAAACAAAACAUUCCUGGAGAAACUCAAAUUUGGGAUUGGAGAUGGAAAUCUGCAGUAUUAUUUGUACAACUGGAGGUGUCCUGGCAUGGAAUCUGAAAAGGUCGGGCUGGUGUUACAGUGAGGACAGGUGCUGGGGGAGCUCUGAGGUCGUGGUCUGAGUUCAUCUGAUCUCCAUCUCUCUUGGAACUCUGUUGUUCAGAGGAGUAAAAGCACAACGCCGGUGACGCGGAAACAGUCUCCAUUCAACCUCACCAACCAAGACAUCCAUUUGUGACCAAGCCUCUGCAUUUCCAGCUAGCUCAGAAGGUUCACCAGACUCUUCUCUUGCCCACGGAGGGAGAAGCACAUUCAUUACAGUUUCAAAGCUUAGCUUGCACCUUGAUGAGAAGGGUUUGGGUUUAUUUCCACCCUGUAGAAAGGACCUGUUUUGUACCAAGUGGACGCCAGCGGUGGGCAGGGCAGAGCCAACCUUGGCUCCGGGCUGGAGGAACUGCUGCAUUUCUGUUUACUGAGUGGUGGUGUCCAUGUGUCCAUGCCAGGGGGGGUGAAGGACACAGGCCUCAGCACCUUGGCUUAGUUCCUUCGCCCGGGGGGAAGCUGAGGAAGGGCGCCAGGCCUGCAGGGGGAGGGGAGGCCUGGCUGGGUUGUAGCUGGAGUAGUGUGGCAGUUCUGGUGGAGCUGCUGCCUUUGGCUCUCCAGAGGCAGCACUGCCAGGUGAAUAAAAGCAGGAGAUUCGUACUCUGAUCUUGGGCAGUGCAGUGGAUUGAUUGGCAUCGCUCUGCCUGGCUGAAUGCUCCUCCUUUGCUGUCCUGACUUCCCGGUUUGUGGCACGAGCCCUUAGCUUUCCCUCGGCAGAGCAGCUUCAGGCUGUGUGUGGCUGCCAGCAGCAGCUGUGUGUGGCUGCCAGCAGCAGCUGUGUGUGGCUGCCAGCCCUCUGGCCCUGCUGGCGGGAGGAGCAGCGCCGGAAUGCUCGCCACGCUUCUGCGGAGUUGCACAUCCUCCUUCGUCUCCGAUUCCCUGGCAAGCCUGCCCCUGGUGACCAGUACCUGCUGUAAAUAUGUACUCUCAGACUCUUCCUGCUAGUGUUUUUACCCCGACUGUGGAACAGCACCAACGAGGUUUGCUCUCUGCGUGGCUGGUGAGCAGAAGAGGAAGAGCUGUGCCCUGCUCUCUGGGCAGCCUGCUGCAGCGUGGGAGGGCUGGGCUGUGGGGGAGGGGGAGAGCUGUUCUCCUGCCCUUGCCGACGCUCAGCAGCCAGAGCAGCUCCUGAAGCACUUUAUGGUCCAGCGAGGUGUGGCAGCAGUUCUGCCAGCGGCAGGGCCCUGGGCACCCGGAGGAGCUGCGGUGAGGAACUGUCCCAGCGGGAAGUGCCAAAGCCUGGCAGGGAAGCCUCUGUGCUGUCGGCAUCUCUUGAAUGUGACUUGAAUUUCAUCUCCUGAAAUGCAAAUGUCUGAACUGUCCUUUUAACCAUGCCUGUAACUCUGACAGCAGAUUUUGCUGGAAGUUGAAUUCUGUACCUGAAAAGAGGAGUUUAGAUGAA